UCUAUGAACGAUAGCAAUAAAGUCCUUUGAAUAGUAACUCCAGGUAACUCAGCCAUGUAUGUCGCAUGGUAAUGUUUUCAAUUAGCUGACAUUAAAAAUAAAUAAUCAAUAUGAAUAUUUUUACACUAACGGUCAGCUUAUUGUUGCUCGUUCAAUUUUCGGCAUGUACGUUGUCACCACCCAAGGGAAAAAUAAAUAAGAAAAGCAAAGGGAAGAUCGAGAUUAAGAAAGGACCAGGAGAGCAAGAUGUUUUUACUCGAUUGAUAGUGGUGAAAAAUCCUAAACCUCACGAUAUUAUUCGAGAGUCUGGAAUCUAUUUUUUCAACACAACUCGAAGGCGAUUUACCGGGGAUGUUUUGGGGUAUAUUACCCCGUGGAAUAACAAUGGACUUGAAGUUUCUAAAAUAUUUCAUGGAAAGUUUACAAUGAUAUCGCCAGUGUGGUUGGCAUUUCCAGAAGGUAAUGCUUCUACUUAUAAAUUGUCCACUCACGAUAUUCAGAAGAAGUGGCUGAAGGAAAUGAGAGCAGCAAAUAAUGAAGGUCACUAUGUAAAAGUUUUACCAAGAGUACUAUUUGAGCAUUGGUCAGUCAGCGAUAUUGUUGGACUGUAUAGUGAUACUCAGAAACAAAGUGCAGUAAUUUCUGCCCUUAUAGAUACAGCUAGGACUUUCCACUUUGACGGAUAUGUUUUGGAGAUAUGGAAUCAGUUUGUACUUACUGGUGUGGAUGCACAGAUUGUAGUGUCGAUAAUUCAAUCAAUUGCUCAAAAGUUAAAGCAAAACAGUAUAAAUAUAGUUCUAGUGGUACCACCAUCAAGAGGCCCAAAGGUUCAGUUGUUCAAUAGAGAUCAGUUUGAUCAACUAUCCCCAUAUGUAAAUGCAUUUUCAUUAAUGACUUAUGACUAUUCAAGCAUUCAACGACCAGGACCUAAUAGUCCUAUAGAUUGGGCGAGGGAAUGCGUAGAAUUAUUAGUACCUGAGAAGGGUCCCAAGAGGGCACAGAUAUUGCUAGGUCUUAAUUUCUAUGGAUAUAAUUAUACUCCUGAAGGUGGGGGAGCCAUAUUAGGUUCAGAUUAUCUGAGGAUACUCGAGUCCUCUAAGGGAAAAAUACAGUGGGAUGACAACAGCAAAGAACACUUUUUUGAAGCAAAGUCAUCAGGGGGCAGUGGAAUUAUAUUUUAUCCCACAUUAUAUUCUAUUCUGCAUCGACUGGAUCUUGCUGCAGAAUUGGGUACAGGUAUAUCUAUUUGGGAGCUUGGUCAGGGAUUACAUUAUUUUUACGAUUUGUUAUAG